AUGAUUUUGAGGAGGUUAAGCAGGCCGUCAGGCACUUUAUUUGCAGCGGCGAGGCCGUCACACACUCGAGCCGGCCCGAGCUUCGGCCGGCUCUCCCGGAUGCCAUUCUCCAGCAUAGGCUCGACGCAUCCCCCCUUCGCAGCCGGGCAGCGACCACAACUCCCUGCAGCGAGGUCAUCGCUGCCCGGCGUGCGGACUACUCUGGGUAAAAGGACAAUUUUCAUCCAGAUCGAGCCCACACCGAACCCAGACGCCCUCAAGUUCCUCCCCAACCAACGAAUCCUCCCCGAGAACAUCAACACCCCCUUCAUCGAGUACCUGAACCCGCGCAGCACCAUCUCGCCCCCCUACCCGUCCCCGCUGGCCGCCCAGCUUAUGAACGUCGACGGCGUCAAGUCCAUCUUCUUCGGCACCGACUUCAUCACCGUGACAAAGGAGGAGGACGCGAACUGGGCGCACAUCAAGCCCGAGAUCUUUGCCCAGACCACCGAGGCCAUCACGAGCGGCCAGAGCAUCGUCAACGUCUCCGAGAAGAAGGAGGGUGGCGAGGCCGCCGGCGAGGGCGAGGUCGACAGCCUCGCCUACGACGAGAACGACGACGAGGUUGUCGGCAUGAUCAAGGAGCUGCUAGAGACGCGCAUCCGGCCGGCCAUCCAGGAGGACGGCGGCGACAUCGAGUUCCGCGGCUUCGAGGGCGGCAACGUCCUGUUGAAGCUGCGCGGUGCAUGCCGGACUUGUGACUCCAGCACGGUCACGCUGAAGAACGGUAUAGAGGGCAUGUUGAUGCACUACAUCGAGGAGGUAAAGGGCGUUACUCAGGUCAUGGAUGAGGAGGAGGAGAUAGCAUUGAAGGAGUUCGCCAAGUUCGAGGAGAGGCUCAAGCAGCAGAAGGGCACUGUACCCCCCACGUCACCAGGGAAGGGCUCCAUCGACCAUGUUGCUUGA